AUGGCAUUUUGAGGUGAGAGUGAGGGAAAAAGUGUUGCACCUUCACACAAACAUAAAGUCGUGCGGUGGUUGGAGUCAGCUCGGUGGGUGGAAAUGAGUGAGCAGAAACAGAUCUUUGUUCUGUCGGGACAGAGCAACAUGGCCGGCAGAGGCGGCGUCAGACACCACCGGUGGGACGGAGUCGUCCCUACGGAGUGUCGUCCCAACCCUUCCAUUCUUCGCUUCUCAGCCCGAUGCCACUGGGAGGAAGCCCACGAUCCUCUCCACCGCGACAUCGACACCGCCAAGAUCUGCGGCGUCGGCCCGGGCAUGGCCUUUGCCAACGCCCUCCUCCCCUGCCUCUCGGACGAGGCCGUCCUGGGGCUGGUACCGUGCGCCAUCGGCGGCACCGCCAUAAAAGAGUGGGAGCGGGGAUCGCGGCUCUAUGAGGAGAUGGUGCGAAGGGCUAGGAAGGCGGCCGAGCUCGGCGGUGGCGGGGAGAUCAAGGCGGUGCUUUGGUACCAGGGGGAGAGCGACACGACGUCGCAUGGUGCUGCGGAAGCGUACGCGGCCAACAUAGAGAAGCUUAUCCGGGAUGUCCGAUUGGAUCUCUCUCUGCCUUCUCUGCCGUUCAUCCAGGUCGCUAUCGCAUCGGGUGACAAGCAUUACAUAGAGAAGAUAAGAGAGGCUCAACUGGGAAUUAGUAUGCCCGAUGUUCUCAAUGUAGAUGCUAUGGGUUUGCCACUAAAUGAAGACAACUUGCAUCUCACUACUGAAGCUCAAGUCCUGCUAGGCAACAUGCUUGCAGAAGCCUAUGCCGAACACUAUUUGACGACGAUCGAUGGCCUCUGAAAGAAGCUUUGAAGGCGUGCUAUGCCACAACCAUGUUCCACAGAAUCGACUCUUCUUGAGAUGGCUGAAACUUGGGAUCUCUUUUUGAUGCAGUGAUCAUUUGAUUGGCACAAUAAUUAUUGCUUUUGAUUCAAACGGAAAUGUUUGAAAUCUUUUGGGCUGUGAUUAACUGACUCAUUUCUCAGACAUUAAAUUUAUAUAGAUUGGAAUGGUUGCUAAAUGAAAGAGAACUACAUGAAGAUAAUCUCAUGGUUCGAUGCA